AUGUCGAUCGUGCCGAGACGUCGCCGAUGCAUCGCCGACGAAUUCGGCGAUGCGUGGUCAUCCUUCGUUCCCAGUUGCUCGGGCGCCACCUGGGCGGGGCUUCCAGAGGCCAAGCCGAAGAAGGAGGAGGAGGAGGAGGCGAAGCCCGCGGCGCCGGCGGCGAAGAGCAACGACUUCACCUACACCUUCGUCGACGACGGCAAGGGCGGCGACUGGGAGGUGUCGACCGGCAUGAACGCGAAGAAGGCGAAGCAGAAGCAGAAGCUGGAGGAGAGGAAGAUGCUUGAGGCCCAGGUGCUGAAGACCGCGGGCGGCAAGGCGGUGCCUGGUGCGAGCGCGGCAACAAACCUGGUGCCAGGCAUGGCCGGGUACAAGGCGGGCCCGACGGUGGACCAGUCCUUGAUCGCCACUCCAGACCAGAUCGCGAAGAUCAUGGCCAUGAAGGGCUCAACGACGGCCGCCGAGGAGAAGCCCAAGGAGCAGCUCUCCGUCGCCGAGUUGAAGGUCCCUGAAGACAGGGUCGGUAUCGUGAUCGGGCCCAAGGGUGGCACCAUCAACAUGAUCAAGGAAAAAACCGACGUGAAGAACAUCAACAUGGAGGCCAACAUUUUGCGCAUUGAGGGCAAGCCAGAAGCGGUGGCCCAAGCCAAGCAGGCUUUCGAGGAGCUGAUUGCCAAGGGCUUCACUUCCCUGUCGUACGAGAACUUCAAGAGCGACGCCAUCAAGGUGCCCUCCAAUGCCCUGCCCGAUCUCAUCGGCAAAGAGGGCUGCAUCAUUCGGGCCGUCAAGGACGCAUUGAAGGUGGAGAUCACGAUGCCCAAAACCUCUGGGCCGCCUGGGUCUGGGCCGAAAAGGACCAUGGUCACAAUUGCUGGCAAGGGCGAAAACGUCGAGAAGGCUAAGGAGGUAGUUAACGACAUUGUAAUGUAUCCAGCUAUCACCCACCCGGGCCAAGUGCACGAGGAGUUGGAGAUCGAGGAGUGGAACUACAGGUUCAUCAUCGGAAAGGCGGGGUCCGAACUGAGGCACAUCGAGAAGAACUACAAGGUGCGCGUCAGGAUCCCCCGCGACGAGACCCCGAACAGGAACGUCGUCGUCGUCGGCGAGAAGCGUGACGUCGAGCGCGCCACGGCCUACAUCUACAACGCCAUCGCCAAAGCCAACGAGCCCAGGGGCCGCGGCGCGUCGGACAAGGCCGAAGACUUCUGGGGCCCAGAUGACGACAUCUCUGGCGACCCGGAGUUGGCCCGGUACCUCUACAAGAGGAGCUGA